AUGUCCCUCCCGUCGCCCCACUCGUCGUCACCAGACUGGCAGGGUGAGUCCGCUCACUCUGGCAGCCUGGAAUGUUCGUUCCCUUUUAGACAAUCCGCGGAGCAACCGACCGGAAAGGAGGACAGCGUUAGUGGCACGAGAACUGGCGCGCUACAAGGUGGACAUCGCCGCACUCAGCGAGACCCGUUUCUCCGAACAAGGCCAACUGGAGGAGGUGGGUGCCGGCUACACCUUCUUCUGGAGCGGUCGACCCAGGGCAGAGCGACGGGACGCGGGUGUCGCCUUCGCCAUUCGGACCGACAUCGUGGGACGACUGCCCUGUUUGCCGCAGUGCAUCAACGAUCGUCUGAUGAGCCUCCGCCUGCCUCACUGA